CAACUAUACCCAUGGCAGUGGCACUCCCCACUUCCACGAAGCGAAUUUGUUAAUCCCUUUCCGCAAGUAUAUAUCUCGCUCACUCUCUCUCGAGCUCGUAACAGUCUUCACUCAUCACAUGAGCUUGCCUGAGGCUUCGAGCCGCGCACAGUGUUCAUCGGUAAUGGAGGAAGAGCGAGCGCUGUCCCCGGUGUCCGACGCCUGCACCACCUGCAGCAGCUCCGGCGGUGGCUCGGGGCCCGGCUCCCCCGUGGCGUCAUCGUCGUCGGCGUCUCUGGACGACUCCGGCGCCGCCAGCGCGGCGAGCAGCCGGAAGCGGCCGCGGCCCGGCUCCCCCGUGGCGUCAUCGUCGUCGGCGUCUCUGGACGACUCCGGCGCCGCCAGCGCGGCGAGCAGCCGGAAGCGGCCGCGCCGGGAGCUGAAGCACCCGGCGUACCGCGGCGUGCGCAUGCGGGCGUGGGGCAAGUGGGUGUCCGAGAUCCGGGAGCCCCGCAAGAAGUCGCGCAUCUGGCUCGGCACCUUCGACACGCCCGAGAUGGCCGCGCGCGCGCACGACGUCGCCGCGCUCGCCAUCAAGGGCCGCGCCGCGCACCUCAACUUCCCGGGGAUGUCCCACGAGCUGCCCCGCGCGGCCUCCGCGGCGCCCGAGGACGUCCGCGCCGCGGCGGCGCUCGCGGCCGCGAUGGAGACCGCGGCGCCCGCCGCGCCUAGCGAUUGUAGCCACCACGGCGCCGCCGGCAGUGACGAGGACGAGGAACCGGCCGUAUCUGCCUCACCCGGCCACGACACUGGCAAUGCCGGAGGCGAAGAGAAGGCCGCGCCGUCGUCUGAGCAUGCGGUCCUGGCGGAGGGCCUCGUCCUGGAUCUCGCGCUCCUCGAGCUGCCCAACGUUCUGCUCGAGUUCGGCUUCGAGGUUGCGUUGCCGCCAACGACGCCUUGUUGCUACGAUUUGUCCUGGGACGAGCCGUUGCUGCUGUGGGAGCACUGACGUCAAGAGGGCGAAACUCGGCAAGCAUUCAAUGUGAAGUUAGAUAGAGUUGCUGAUGAUCCGCAUGCUGGAGUUACCGAGCACUAGUUCGAUCUGUUCCUGCGUCAACUAUGAUGCUAACUUACACAUGUCCAAGUAAUCAAGUCCAGCAUGAUUGCAAAUACACAGUUAUUGUUCACACAUUUGUAACAACCAAGUAAAUUUCAGUAGGUAACUUUCCAGCUCGUGAUCAAGAUUCCAGGGCUUGGACAUCCAUGGUACUGACAUUUAUUUUCUUCGUCAUUUUCCAAAUUGUAAAGAAUAGAAGGGCUUCUAUUUAGAAUGUUAUUUGUUUAUGUCUGUCAGUAUUCAGCUUGUACUACUUGGCGCAUGCUGCUGUAAAUAAUUGAAUGCCCAUUUGCUAAGAAAUGGAACGCCAUAAAUCCUUGAAAA